AUGUACAACGAAUCCCUCGGUCCAGCUGCCCCCUGGGCCGACGAUGUCAGAUCUGAGGCUGGAUUUUCCUGGUCUUCCGCUCUUCAUUUCGUCGAUGCUGAAGACAACCCCCCGACAUCGUGCUCCGUCAGCGAGAGCAGGGACUGUGGCAAUGGUCGCUGCAUUCUAACUGCGAUUGCAAACUACACAACCCGGGUUGUAGACAAGUCCCUCUCUGCAGAACAAAUCCAGGAGGCACUGAAGUUCCUCGCUAUCGAGGUCGGAGGGAAUGACAUCAGUGUAAAAUGCAGCGGAUCCACGAGCAACCUUCAUGCCGUCUGGGACACCGAUAUGAUCGAAAAGCUUCUCAAAGCCAACUACAGCAACUCAGUCACAGUUUGGGCCAACGCCCUCGCUACACGUAUCAAGAGCGGCGAUUUCAAAUCUGAGGCACCCAGCUGGAUCUCCUGUUCCUCAAUCACCACCCCAGCUAGCAAGCGUCGUAGCGUGGAGGACGAUAUAGCUGCAAUUUUCGAGAAGCGGGCCACUAUCACGCCUCUCGAAUGUCCCCUCCAGUGGGCACAGGAUGCAAAUGCCUUUGACUGCUCUUUCGUCUUUAGUUUCACUUCGGGCGAGGAUUUGUGCACUUCGAGCUACUUCACAAACGCAGUUCCAAUCAUCGAGACGCAGAUCGCUAAAGGAGGGUAUCGCCUGGCUGCAUGGCUCAACACCAUUUUCGACGGCGCCACCAAUCUUCCUUGA